AUGCGCCUGUUUAGAGCGUCUCCCGCAAGGGAUCCAACGCCGUUAUUAAAUAGCGACAAUGACGACGUCUAUCCGGUUCACAUGCUGGACGACACCAAGACGCUCCGGAACAUCGUCGUUACAUGGACGUUGCGCUUCAACGACGUACUAGAUGCAGACAAGCUACAUGCCUCACUUUCGAAACUGCUGGAUAUUGGGGACUGGAGGAAGGUCGGUGGCCGGCUGAGGCUAAAGGAUGGAAAGCUGGAGAUUCAUGUGCCGCGGCCCUUCACCGCGGAACGUCCAGCCGUGUCGUACACCCACCAGGCCUUAGACAUGAAUAUCGAAUCCCAUUCGCUAGCAAAGACGCUCCCUAGAGCCACCGAUGGCCCAUCAAUUCAGCCUGGCCUCCGGGACUUCAUCUGCCAAUACCGGGAUACGCCCCAGCUGUCGCUUCAUGUCACUUCGUUCGACGAUGCGACACUCGUGGCUCUCUCGUGGCCACACACGCUUAUGGAUGUCAUGGGCCAGCAGGCCCUUCUGCGCGGUUGGUCCCUAGUGCUAGCUGGUCGUGACUCGGAAGUGCCGCCCCUGCUUGGUGUGCGAGAGGACGCGAUAUGCGCAGCCGCAGAUUACCCCGUGAAGAAGGAAGAUCAGGAGGAGUUCGAAGUAGGGCGAAAGCGGCUGAGGGGGUGGGCGAUGUUCAUGUUCGGGCUGCGCUUUGCCUGGGACCUGCUAUGGAACCAGGUCGUCGAGACGCGCACCAUCUACUUGCCAAAGAAGGUAGUAGCUGAGCUGCAACGCCAGACGCAAGGCGAGCUGCCUGCCACGGAUGGCGAGAGGCCCUUCAUCAGCGAGGGCGAUGUGCUGACGGCUUGGGCGGUGCGCGCCGUAGCUUCCUCCCUGCCGCAGCCACGGCCGGUGACAGUAGUUCACGCACUCAACGCGCGCUUCAGACUCUCGUCGCUGGUCCAGACUUCUGGCGUUUACGUCCAGAACAUGGCGGUGGCAGCCUUCACGUUUCUGACUCCCGAUAUUGCAACGAGUCUAGGGCCCGUCGCUUUGGAGAACCGGCGCCAUCUGAUGGAACAAUCGACAGAGGCUCAGGUUUUGGCCUUCCUCCGCGAGCUGCGAUCUACGUCGGGCAGCGAUCCGGCGUUAGUACUGUGUGGUGAGCCUGACGCCGUGUUGAUGCCCUUCACCAACUGGACCCGGGCCGACUUCUUCAAAACAGCUGAUUUCAGCCCUGCGCUUGUGCGUGCUGGCGAGACGGGGCCUUCGAGGAGUAACCCGCCCGGCACUAUGGUCUUUCACCACGCGCAAUCGAUGCGACAGGGACCGACAGUCAGAAACGUCGUCGUGGUGCUUGGGAAGGACUACGGGGAUAACUACUGGUUGACGGGGAUCCUGCUGCCUCAAGCCUGGGCCAAGAUUGAAGAGGACAUAAGUAGAUGUAACGAAAGAUACGCUCCGACCACAGUUUGAGGACUUUCCGCAUCUCAGCGACCCAUGUCUACACAUCUCUCUGCUCCAACGACUGGAUGCUAACCGGCAUGGCGGAAAGCGCUGGAUCUAGGUUCGCGGGAAGUUUGUGUCUGAGGGAGAAUUUCGCUAAGGAGAGCUUGAAAAGAAUGGGAAAGAUACCGAGCGAUGAAACUGAAAAGCGAAGAGGAGCUGAUGUAUCCUUGACGGUAGUAGUAGUUGUAUCGUCAGUUGCCGGGUGCUCUUAUCUAAUCUUACAUGCAAGAGAUACAAGAAUAUUCAGAACCUUCAUAUCUUCUCUAGGGACAUUGGCAUUUCUAGCGUGCCGCCGCUGCUAG